AACGUUAAAUAAUAAUAAUAAUAAUAAUAAUAAAUUAUAUAUAGACUAUGAAGGCAAAAGUAUUUAUUUCAUGUUUUGAAAUAUUUUGUUUUGAAAAACUGACUUGAAACUUUACCUCUGGCUUGAAACCCUACUUUGAUAUUCUACUUUGAUAGACCUAACCGGUCUGUAAAGCCGAAUUAGAUUUUUACUUUUGUAUUUUAUUUUCUUCUGAGAAGACUAAAGCCUAAUUUGUAACCCCAACCCUGCCUUGAAAUUCUAACUCCGGCCUGAAACAUUAAACCUGGUUUCAAACCUGGUUCCCUCACUCGUGAACAAGACCCCAAGAUACUUGAACUCCUCCACUUGGGGCAGAAUCUCAUCCCCGACCCAGAGAGGGUAGUCCACGGCCUGGACGAAAACCACACUGCUCCUCCUGAAUCUGAGAUUUGACUUCCAGGCGGACCCUCCUCUCCAGCACCCCUGAAUAGACCUUACCAGGAAAGCUGAGGAGUGUGAUCCCCCUUUUUAAAAAGCGGGACCACCACCCUAGUCUGCCAAUCCAGAGGCACCGUCCCCGAUGUCCACGCGAUGUUGCAGAGGCGUAUCAGCCAGGACAACCACACAACAUCCAGAGCAUUGAGGAACUCUGGGCGAAUCUCAUCCACCUCCGGGGCCCUGCCACCGAGGAGCCUUUUAACCACCUCGGUGACCUCGACCCCAGAGAUAGGAGAGCCCGCCUCAGAGAACCCAGACUCUGCUCCCUCAUGAGAAGGCGUGUCGGUGGAAAUUUAGGAGGUCUUCAAAGUAUUCUCCCCACCGAUUCACAACGUCUCGAGUCGAGGUCAGCAGCGCCCCAUCUCCACUAUACACAGUGUUGAUGGUGCACUGCUUCCCCCUCCUGAGACGCCGGAUGGUGGACCAGAAUUUCUUCGAAGCCGUCCGGAAGUCUUUCUGCGUGGCCUCACCGAACUCCUCCCACGCCCGGGUUUUUGCCUCAGAGACCACCAAAGCCGCAUUCCGCUUGGCCAGCCGGUACCCAUCAGCUGCCUCAGGAGUCCCACAGGCCGAAAAGGCCCGAAAAACUCCUCCUUCGGUUUGACGUCAUCCCUCACCGCUGGUGUCCACCAACGGGUUCGGGGAUCGGCGCCACGACAGGCACCGACUACCUUAUGGCCUCAGCUCCCGUCGGCCGUCUCGACAAUGGAGGCGCAGAACAUGGUUCACUCAGAGUCAAUGUCCCCCCAAUGUCCUAGAGAGGCGGGUGAAGUGGGAGUUGAAACUCCUUCUGACAGGGGAUUCUGCCAGACGUUCCCAGCGGACCCUCACAAUACGUUUUGGGCCUGCCACGUCGGACCGGCAUCUUCCCCCACCAUCGGAGCCAACUCACCACCAGGUGGUGAUCAGUUGAAAGCUCCGCCCCUCGCUUCACCCGAGUGUCCGAGACAUGCGGCCGCAAGUCCGAUGACACGACCACAAAGUCGAUCAUCGAACUGCGACCUAGGGUGUCCUUGUGCCAAGUGCACGUGUGGACACCCAAAUGCUUGAACAUGGUGUUCGUUAUGGACAAUCCGUGACGAGCACAGAAGUCCAAUAACAGAAGACCGCUCGAGUUCUGAUCGGGGGGGCCGUUCCUCCCAAUCACGCCCUUCCGGGUCUCACUGUCAUUGCCCACGUGAGCAUUGAAGUCCCCCAGCAGAACGAUGGAGUUCCCAACGGGACCUCUCUCCAGCACCCCUUCCAAGGACUCCAAAAAGGCUGGGUACUCUGAACUGCUGUUUGGUGCAUAGGCACAAACAACAGUCAGGACCCGCCCCCCCACCCGAAGGCGGAGGGAGGCUACCCCCCAGAAUGUCCACCGGGGUGAACCCCAACCUACAGGCGCCGAGCCGGGGAGCAAUAGGUAUACCCGCACCUGCUCGGCGCCUCUCACCGUGGGCAACUCCAGAGUGGAAGAGAGUCCAACCCCUCUCGAGAGGACUGGUACCAGAGCCCAGGGCGUGUGUGCGGGCGAGCCCGACUACAUCUCGUCGGAACGUCUUGACCUCACACACCUCCUUCCCUGCCACAGAGGUGACAUUCCACGUCCCUAGAGCCCAAAAAAAAUUAAAAAUAAAAGUACUUGUUAAAAAAGUUUUUUUAACAGAAAAAAAUACGUUAUUUUCGUAAGAUUCCAACUUUUAUCCCCAGGAAAAACAUGACUACUCUUGAGAGAGUCACAACUUUUUCACCCCCCCCCCCCACAAUAAAAAAAACGUUUUUGUUGAAAAACGUAAGAAGUUUUUUAAUUGUCACCUCCCUUGUUAAUAGUUUUUUUAUUGACUGCGUUGAUUGUGUUAACAGAAAUAAAUACAUCAGUUAGAUCUAUACGAAUGUUUUUUUUCUGAAUUGUAUACAAAAAAUGGGUGCUCUUUUUUUGUCUAGAGCACCUGCCUCCAAAAUAUCUGUGCACGUGCCUGCUGUGGGUCUUGGAAAAUGCGUUGAAAUGCUCUCAAAUUGGUUGUUUUGACUCGGAAGUUAAGUGACAUCUCCGAUCGCGUUCCACUUUGGACGUCUUGUUUGUACUGCACGCGUGUGUGCGUAGUCAAAGGAGGAAACUAGUUAAGCCAGUGGAGUCUCUUUGCCUGGUCAAACACGGCGUUGGACGGGACCAGCCCAAAGCGACACGCGCCCAAACGCGCAAACUCCAGCUGGUGCGAAUCUGUGUGGGCUGAUGUUGGCACCUGCAGACACCUGCAGACACCUGUAGACGGGGAUUAUCUUCUCGGGGGGGCCUCGCUCGUCUUCGUCAUGUCCGUCAGCGUGACCGUGAGGAAGGUCUCCAACCUGCCGGGAGGAUCCCAACGCAGAGUGGAGCUCUGCUUCAGAGGAUUCACCCAAAAGACCAGGGUGGUGCACAGCGAGGGCGUGGCCGUCUUCAACGAGUCUUUCCGCUGGCCUCACUAUGGUAAAGUGAUCCGACAUGAAGUGUUGACCAUCACAGUUUACAACUUCAGUAAAGUCUUCUCCAACAGACUGCUGGGCAAGCUGGUUGUGGGCCUCCAGCACAUCGUUACAUCAGGGAGGCUGUUGCUACGGGAACCACUCACCGAUGACAACCUUCUCCUGACUGACAUCUACGUGGAGUUGGACGUGCGCUACCAUCCGGUCGAGGGCGCCGCAGGAGGCUGGGACGGGCAGGACUUCAUCAGAGUCGAGGAUGGCGAAUCAUCGCCGGGCUUCCGGAACGAAGCCUUUGAAGAAGACGAGAGCCCUCAGACGUUGAGUCGUCCCGAGAGGCAACUGGAGAGGGAGGCUCGGCAUCUGGGACGCAGCCUCAUCCAGGCGCAGGGCGACGACGACGGCGACGACUACGACGACUACGACGACGACGAUGACCAAGACGACCUGCUGGACUUGGAGGCGUCCGACAUCGUCUUCACGCCUUUGAUGAGUCGUUCCAGACCGCUGUCCAGGCAUGUCGCUGCAGCCACACCCAAAGUCCAAAGUUUCCAGGUGAACGUCAACAUCCUGGAAGCUCAGAAACUGGCGGGCGUCAACAUCAACCCGGCCGUGUUCGUCCGAGUGGGAGAGCAGAAGAAGCACACGGCCACGCAAAAGUCCACCAACUGUCCCUUUUACAACGAAAACUUCCAGUUUGAGUUCCACGAGACUCCAGAGAUCCUCUUUGACAAGGUCAUCGAGAUCAAGGUGUACCACCGCCGCACUCUGGCCUUCCUGAUGAGCCACGUGGGAACCUUCAAGAUCGACAUCGCCACCGUGUUUCGCGAGCCAGACCACCGCUUCUACCAGAAGUGGGCACCGCUCACCGACCCGGCCGACACCCGAUCGGGGGUCAAGGGCUACGUGAAGUCCACCCUCAGCGUGCUGAUGAAGGGCGAGGCUCUGAAUGCCCCCAGCCUGCCGCCCGCCACGUCCAGUGCCAACGACGACAUCGACAAGAAUCUGAUGCUUCCUCGCGGUAUGCCCUCCGAGCGUCCGUGGGCUCGAUUUCGGGUGCGGGUCUACAAGGCAGAGGGCCUGCCCACCAUGGAUGCGGGAUUGAUGGGCAAAAUGUCCAAAGUCACAGAUCGAACGGUCUUCAUUGAUCCUUACGUCCAAGUCACUUUUGCUGGACAGCAGGGAGAGACAGCCGUCGCUUGCGCCACCAGCUGUCCGGUGUGGAACGAGGAGAUCUCCUUCAUCGAGCAGUUUCCUCCUCUGGCCCAACGAAUCAGAGUCCAGGUCCUCGAUGACGCCAAGAUGGGGGACAUCGCUCUUGCCACGCACUUCCUUGACCUGCAGCAGAUUUCCGACUCCACCAGGAAUGGUUUUAACCCCACCUUUGGACCUUGUUGGGUCAAUCUAUACGGUUCCCCUCGGAACUCCACCCUCGGAGACGUCCACCAGGCUUUGAACCAAGGCCUCGGCGAGGGAAUCUUUUACCGUGGUCGAAUCCUUCUGGCGCUCUGUGUGGAGAUUUACUCUUCGCCAUCAGUCGUCGCCGCGGACUCCCCGUUAGCGAUGAAGGUGAAAGGAACGCUAGGCAGGUUGGGACUGAGGAAGAAGCGAGGCAGCAAGAAGGAGAAGAAGAAGGAAGCUUCCACCCGACUGGGCGCCGAAUCCGAGGAGGCCGGAGUGGAGGUGCCAGAAGCGGUGACCGUGGACGUGGAGGAGAUUCACCCUUUGCCUGAGGGUUUCCUGGGCGAGAGAGAAGAUUUUCUGCUUUUUGCAUCUUUGUUUGAGGUCACCAUGAUGGAUUCAUCUGUAGGCACCAGGCCCAUGACCUUUGAACUGUCCAUAGGAAAUUGCGGUAAGGCAGUGAAAGCCGGGAGUUCCAAGAAGAGCCAAAGCCGGGAGGAGCUGAGAAAAAGCCGGGAAGAGUUGAGGCAAAGCCGGGAGGACCUCAGCGAGGAGGUGCAAGGACUUCUGGAGUCUGAGGAGGAGCUGGACAGGGAGGCGCUGCUGAGUCUGGAACCUGAGAACCGCUCCGUGUCCGCGCCCAUGAGACCGCAGCCCACCGAGUACGACAGGUCGUUCCAGUGCAUCCCGCUGCAGGCCCCCUCGGAGAAACGCAAGCCGUGUUUGUUUGUCUGGAGUCAAUUUGAAGACCACAGCUUUCGUCUGUACCAGGCUAACUGGCUCAGCAAGAUGGCAGACAGGCUGGAGAUCGGUCUGGACGAGAUGGAGCGUCUCGGACGGAGGCCUCGCAGCAACGUGAAGGAGCGUCUGGUGCACGUGCUACUGGAGCUGAUCACUUCCUGCAAACAGUUCAGACUGUUCUCAGACAGGCGUGCUCAGUUUCGUCCAAACAACCUGGACGCACACAGGAAAGACUUCAUUAAGAAAAAUUUGGUGACGGUGGCCCGGCGGGCCACGAGGGCCAGGCAGAGGAUAACCAAGCGGACGCUCAAACAACGAACGUUGGACGUUAAGAAACUCCUGAGCAAACUUCGAGACUUGGCAAAAGAGCCCCAGAACACCAUCCCGGACGCCUUCCUGUGGUUGCUGAGCGGGAGCAAACGCUUGGCCUACGUCAGGAUCCCCGCCCACUCCGUCAUCUUCUCAUUGGUAGAGGACCAGAGGGGGCGGGACUGUGGUCGGGUCACCACACUCUACAUGAAGUCUCCGGGCGGCUCCACCGGCGAGAUCUUCGCCAAGCUGGAGGUGUACUUGUGGCUGGGCCAGGCCAAGUACAGCAAGGAGGCCGUCACCUCGCUACCGGACGAGUUCCUGCCCAUCUACGACCAGUCGGAGGGGGAGGACGAGGAGGAGGCGGCGGCGGCGCCGCCGCCGGUCGCCACGGCAACGAGGCGGAUGCCUGUCAGCCUGUGUUGCCAGGACAGUCGUUACUUCCAGCUGCGAUGUCACCUCUACGAAGCUCGCGGCUUAAUGGCGGCCGAUGACGACGGCCUAUCGGAUCCCUUCGCCAAGGUGCUCUUCUCCACGCAGUGUCAGGUGACCGAGGUGUCCCCAGACACGCUCUCCCCGGCGUGGUGCGAGUGUUUGCUGUUCGAGCGCGUCCUGCUGGAGGGAGCCGUGGAGGACCUCCGUCACGACCCCCCUCUGGUCGUCGUCCACAUCUUCGACUACGACGCCGUGGGUAGCCCGAAGCUUCUGGGCCGAGCGUACGCCGAGCCCGAGUUGAAAGCGGCGGAGACGCCGUACCGGAAGCCCCGCCUGCGCUUCCACGACAUCGCCGCGGGGAGGACGCCGGCCGGGGAGUUGCUGGCGGCCUUCGAGCUCAUCGAGCUGGACUACUCGUCCUUCGGCGAGCCCUCCCUCCCGAGCAGCGUGGACCCUCAGCAGCUGACCUACCUGCGAGACCAGCGCCGCUACGACAUCCCGGAGGGAGUCCGACCCGUCCUCAGGAACUUCAGAAUAGAGGUGCUCUUCUGGGGCUUGCGGGAGCUGAAGCGUGUGCAGCUGUUCCAGGUGGAGCGCCCCCGGGUCAAGGUGGAGUGCGCCGGGCGCCAGCUGGAGUCCGAGGAGAUGGAGAGCUACAGGAACCACGGCAACUUCAAGGAGCCGGUCCGCUUCCUCCGCGUGAAGCUGCCGGAGCAGGCCUACCUCCACCCUCCUCUGACCCUCUUUGUGGUGGAGCGGCGAGCGUUCGGACGCCAGGUCCUGGUCGGGACCCACGUGGUCCGGAGCCUCAUGGACUACGCUGCGCCCGAGCCGGGGGACGAGCCAGAUGAGGAAGAGGAAGAGGAAGAGGCGAAACCCAAAGUGAAGAAGACGACUCCGGCGAAGACCGGCACGCUGAAGUCGCUGAGCAAGAUCAAACUCGGCAACCUGUCGAUCAGAGAGUCGAAGAUUCCCGUCGGCGCCGCCGAGCCGAUCGACCCGAAGAAGCCGCUGACGGACGAGGACGAGCGGCUGGAGGAGGACGUGCCGGAAAACCAGGAGCUGGACUGGUGGUCCAAGUACUACGCGUCCCUGGAAGAGCUGGAAGAACAGGCUGCUGAGGAGCUGAAGAAGAAGAAGGAGGAGGAGGAAGAGGAGGAACGAGAUGGAGAGACAGAGCGACGGAACGCGGCAAACGGAGCGGAGGCUGAGGCGGCGGACGCGGCGGCGGCGGCGGCGGCGGUGGAGCCUCCCAAGCGGAAGAAGAUCGCCACUCUCAAGUUGUACGCGAGCGCCUUGGAGUCAGAGUUCAGUCAGUUUCAGGACUGGCUGCGGGUCUUCCCGCUGUUCAAAGGCCGAGCGAUCGGCGAGGAUGCCGACGAAGACGAAGACGAAGACGAGCGUCUGAUGGGAAAGUACAAGGGUUCCUUCCUGGUCUACCCGAUCGAUUCGGAGGACGAAGAUGACGUCCGCUGUCAGAUCUCCAAAGGGAUCCCCCAGAACUCGCCGCUCCAGGUGCUGGUUCGGAUCUACGUCGUCAAGGGCACCAAUCUGGCGCCCACCGACCCGAACGGCAAGGCCGACCCGUACCUGCUGGUCCGCGUUGGGCAGCAGAGUCAAGACACCAAGGACCGCUACAUCCCCAAACAACUCAACCCCGUGUUUGGAGAGGUGUUUGAAGUGACGGUGUCGUUCCCCGCCGAGACGGAGGCGCUGGUCCGGGUGAUGGACCGCGACGUGGUGGGCGCGGACGACGUCAUCGGGGAGACGCGGGUGGACCUGGAGAACCGCUUCUACAGCCGGCACCGCGCCACUUGCGGCCUGGCCCUCCGCUACGACGCCCGAGGUUACAACGCGUGGCGGGACGCGAAAAAGCCGUCGGUCAUCCUGUCCGAGCUCUGCAAGAAAAACGGCAUUCCGGCCCCGGAAUAUCGAGCGUCCGAGGUCAAAGUCCUCAACAAGAUCUUCAAGAUUCCAUCAGAUGCCGUCCCGGAAGACGCGCCGAACAAGACGGAGAGUUCGGCGGAGGCGGAGGAGCACGCGGCCGUCAGCGUUCUGCGACGUUGGGGCGAGAUGAGCGAGUUCGUCCCGGGAGCGGUCGCGCUGGUGCCGGAGCACGUGGAAAUCCGCUCGCUCGUCAACCAGGACAAACCCGGACUUCCGCAGGGCUACCUCCACAUGUGGGUGGACAUGUUCCCGACGGACGUUCCGGCGCCGCCUGCCGUGGACAUCGAGCCUCGGCAACCCGUCGCGUACGAGCUUCGCGUUAUCAUCUGGAACACGGACGACGUCUUCCUGGACGACGUCAACCCGUUCACCGGCGACCCGUCGUCCGACAUCUACGUGAAAGGGUCGGUCGGUCGGAGUCGUACGCCCCGUGAGCCUCUCGCGCGACAGGCUCCUGAUUGGAUGUUUGUUUUUUUUCCCACCUCAUCCAGUUGGAUUCGAGGCCUGGAGGGAGACAAGCAGGAGACUGACGUCCACUUCAAUUCCCUGACCGGAGAGGGAAACUUCAACUGGAGAUUCGUCUUCCGCUUUGACUACCUGCCCACCGAGAAAGAGGUCGUGUGCAAGCGCAAGGAGUCCUUCUUCUCGCUGGACGAGUCCGAGUUUCGCCAGCCGGCCGUUCUGACGCUGCAGAUCUGGGACUACGAUCGCGUCUCGCAAAACGACUUCCUCGGCUCGUCGGAGCUGCGGCUGAGCGACAUGACGCGCGGCGCCAAGUCGUCGGCCAAGUGCACGGCGCGGAUGGCCGAGGAGCGCGCCCGCCCGCGGGCGUCCGUCUUCCGCUCCAAGAAGAUGAAGGGCUGGUGGCCGCUCACCCGCCAGAAGACGGCCGACGACUCGCAGCGCGAGGAGAAAGAGGCCCGCCGCGGCAAAAAACAAAACAAGGACGGCAAAGACAAGCGAGCGAGCUUCACCGACGCCGCCGGAAACGUCCACUUGCUCACGGGUAAAGUGGAGGCGGAACUGCAGCUGUUGACGGCGGAGCAAGCCGAGGCCGACCCGGUGGGACGAGGCCGCAAGGGACCAGAACCUCUCGACAAACCCGACCGUCCCACCACCAGCUUCGCGUGGUUCGUCAACCCCAUGAAGACGUUGGUCUUCCUCAUCUGCAAGAAGUUCAAGAAGUUCAUCGUGACCUUGGCGUUCCUGGCCGCGUUGGCGCUCUUCUUGGGCCUGCUGGUGUACACGCUGCCGCAGCACAUCAGCAGACUUCUCGUGGCGGGAUGAACCGCCGCAGCGACGUCUUGCCUGCAAAGAUUCAUCGAGCGACUCCACCAGCUGGAUUAUCCUCCUUCUCGUUUAUGUUCCCCCCUGUUGGGGGUCAAUGACCCCCCAAUCAAAGUCACCUUUCAUGUUUCCCCUCGCCCGACAACAUUCGUUCAUUCGCUCGACCGCUGCGCUACAUUAGCAACUCCCUCCACUUUGGCUGGCGCCCACGUCACUCACCGCCCACGUGUCUCACCGCCUUUUAAAGCCGUACUCGCUCGAAGUCCCGGAUACAACAGUGGAACUGGGACGGCCCACCCGAGUGGACGAAAAUAAUACCUGCGCCUCAGACGCGCAUGUUAUUUGUGUCGAAUAACGCAAAAUGAAUCGUUCUCCGAUUCCUCGAUUCGUUGAUGGGAUGAUCGGGAGAAUACUCGAUUCGAAAAAAUAUUCAAUAGCUGGAGCCCUAAAGUGAGUCAAAUAAAUGGUUCUCGUACUUUGGAUUCAUUUUGUCCCAUAAAUACAAAAAUAUAUUGUUUGUAAUUUAAAAAAAAAAAAAUUAUUAAGUGAAUAAAAUGUUUUCAUACUUUUGGGUUGAGCUUAGUUUGUACCUUGAAGUUUUGAAAAUAUGAAAGUGAGCCAAAUUUUUUAGCCUGUAAAUGUUUGCAAAUAUCAGAGUGACUCCAAUUAAAAAAAAAAAAAAAAUACUUUUUUUUAAUUGUUUGUAAUUUUUGGGAACAAAGAGACUCAAAUGACAAAUCAUUUUUCCAAAUUUUGGGAUGAAUUGAAUUGAAUGGAAUUGAUUUCGGUUAGCAUGGGACAAUUGUCAGCCAAUCACAACAUGCUGCGAAAUAGCAAAUAAAGAAGCGCUGUUUGAAAAGCACAGUUGGUAAAUGACCCCUGACCUCUUGUUUACUUGUGCAUCCAUCAAAAUAAUGGCAUGUAUUUUCACGGCGCCUUUAAUGGUUCCCCGGAGAGAUAGCGUGUACAAAAAAUGUACACUUUGAAUACCGUCAAUAUUCUAAUCCACCAGCAAGAAUCGUUAAUAUCACACCACUGAAUCGUCGUAACUCGUGAAAAUCCUUUUUUUUAAUUUUUUUUAUUUUGUUUUAGCUUUGACAUCAAAUCAUUUCAUCAUCUCAUCAUUUCAUCAUUCCAUCUUGUAAUUAAAAAAUAAGUAUAAGCCUUGAAGGAAAUAAAGGUUUUGCUUACUA